AUGAGCCUUACCAUUAAUUCCAAUAUCUUUGAGAUAUAAAAUUAAGAACAGAUAAAUUAAUUAAUUAAUUUUCUUAAGCUUAAUGGAGAAUUAACAAGAGGAGAAUUUUGUUUCAAAGAUCAAGCAUAACAAAAAAAAUUUAAUAUUUUUAGAUAAACAUAUUAAACUUUGAAAGAAAACUUUCCAGAUUUUAAGUUGAAAUUCAAAUGCAAUAAAGGCUAAUUAUAAUCUUCAACAGAUUUACAUUUAAAAACGAAGAGUGAUGAUUCAAGAUAAACUUUUUAAAUAAAAACUAAUGAUGAGACAAUAAACAGUGAUUAAUCUAAACCUUUUGUAAAUCAAUCAACUUAAAGGCAAAUAUAAGAAGAAAUAUAAUCUUUUAACCCUGUUGUUUAUGAAUAUUAAGAUGAUGAUAGUUUAAGAGAUCAAGAAAGUAAAAGUUCAAGUGAUGAAUCUGAAAAUGAAAAUCUUUAAUCUAUCAAUCAAGUAUAAUGUUUUCCUCAAGAUGAAUUAAAUUAUUUGAAUAAUACUUAAAAUGAAUAUUAAUUACAAAGAUCUUAAUUACCAAGUGACAUUUUAAAAUAAAUAAACUCUGAAGAAAAUAAAAUAUUAGAAUUUCAUAGUGAAGUAGCAAAAUAAGAUGUAAUUGAGUCCGAGAUAAAGAUUCUUGGAUUGGGAACUGCUUCUACGAUUUAACUUAAAAAUUAAUUUAUUUUAAAAAUGAUUGAAAAACUAUUUUUAUAGGAAUGGAAUCAAUUUAUCAACUAAUUUAAUUUAGAACAAAAGAAAUUUAAUCUUUAUAAACUAAAAUUAAAUCAAGAUAUUGAUAAAAUCUAAAAAGAAAUUUAAGAGUUUAUCAAUAAAAUAUCUUAUAUCGACAUUGAAUUUUGUUAUUAUACCAAUUAUACUAUGAUAGCUUCUUCAAAAAUAAAUGAAUUUUUGAAAUCCUAUUAAAUAUAUCCUUUUUAUUUUUAUGAUUCCUUCUUUUUAGUUUCAAUUACACAAAAUAUACAUCAACUUUAAGAAAUCUCUCAACAAAUAAAUAAUAAUUAUAGAGGAAUUUUCUUAUAUUUUUCAACUCUAAGACCCUUUCAAUAACAAAGUUAUUCAAGUUCUGAUCUUGAAUUAUGUAGAUCUCAAUAUUAUGAAAAAAUAUUAGCUUUAGAAUUUAAAUAAUAUUGUAUGAACUAGUUUUUUAAUAAUUAAUAUUUUUUUCUAGAAAUGAAUUUUAGUCAUGUGUUGUAAAAUAGAGAAUUAAUGGAAAAAUAAAUUAAAAAAUAUAUUCAAUCUUGCUUAAAAAGUCCAUUUUUAUUGAAGUUUGAAUUAUAACUAAAUUAAAAAGAUGAAAAUUUUAUUGAUUAAUGUUUCAAAGAGAAAUUAUAGGAUGGUUAAUGCAAAAUUAUUUACUUAAAAAAAGAAAAAUCAUACUAUUUGUUUGGAAAUACAGAAGAACUUAUCUCUUUAUUUAAAAAUAUAAUUUAGGAACGUGAAACAAUGAAAACUUAUUUUACUUAAACGACUUUAUUCAUUAAUAAAUCAAAUCUUGUUUAAUAAUUUUCAGGAUAAAUUAAAUUUUUUGAUUUAGAAUCAAUAAAUAGAAUUUUAAAUGAUGUUGGAUUUAAAAAUGAUUAAAGUCAUGCUUAAGAUUUGAAAUAUAAUAAUCCUGAUAACAUUAAUUUUUAUUAUUUAUGUAAAAUAUUAAAAUUAUAUAGUGUAAACUCUUGAGAUGAUAUGUACAAUUAGAUAAUAAAAUACGAAUAAAGAAAAGAUCUAGUCAAUUUAUCAUAAAUUUAAUUAGAAUCCUCAUAAAAAUUAACUUAAUAGAUUAGAUAAUGGAUUAUUUUCUCUUUCUUCACAGGGUUAUUAAAAAGGAAAAAACGAAAAAUGGACAGUUUCACUAGAUUUAGUUCCUAAUAAUGUAAUAAAUUUUGCCCUAUAGAGAAUUAUUGAAUUGAAAGUAAAAUAUUGUUAAUAAUUUAGCCGAAAAUAUUAGAUAGCAUUAUACAAGAAUAUCUUUAUUAAGAUUUUUAGGAAAAAUUAGUAUAAAAAAACUCUUAAAUUUCAUUUAUUAAAAUAGAUGAAGGAAAAUAUUAACUUUCUUGUCAAAAUAAUUAAAUUAUAAAAUAAUUUGAAGAUUAUUUUUCUAAGUUUGUAUCAUAGAAAGUCAUUUUGAAUGAAUAAAUUUUGAGAAUUUUUGAACUAAGUAGUUUCAAAAAAAUUGAAUUAUAAAAAAAAAAUGUUUAUUAUAGAGUAGAAUCUGACGGAUUGCUUUUAAUUUCUAGAAAUUUAGAGUCAAUCUAAAAUGUUACAUAAAAUUUUUAAUAUUAUUAAGGAUUUAUUAUAACUAUGAAUAGUUUAAAAUCUCAAAGUUAGGAAGAAAAACCUGAAAAUUAUUAAUUGGUCUAGGCUAGAACUGGAUAUAUGAAACAUGUUUUGAAAGAUUUUUUAUAGAAAAAUUUAUAAAUUAUGGAUAUUGAAUUUAAGGAAGAUUAAGAAAUAAGUGCCUAUUGUAUAUUUCAUUUAAAUUUUUAAAAAUUAUAAAAUUUUUCUAACUAAGAACAGAUGGAAGAUGCUUCUAAUAAAUUAUAGGAUGAUAUAUUUUAAAUGAUUUCACCUUUAUACUUUUUUGAAAUAAAGACAGAUUAAGAAGCAGGUAAAAUUAUAUUUUAAAAUAUUAUAUAAAGCAGAUAAAUUUAUGUUACUUUUAAAUAAUAAUACUCUGAUUAUUUUAUUACAAUUUUGGCAAAUAAAAAAUAAUUCAAAGAGGUAUAUGAUAAUUUAAUCUAAUUAUAAUUUAAUGAAAAAGCAUAAGAAAAUAUUGAAUUUAGUAUAUAUAUUGGAUAGUUUUGCAUUUAUCAUAAUAUCAUACAAAUUAAUUAAUCUAAAAAAUAAUUAAAAGUAGAUUUCGAAAAAAAAGGUUUUGAGGUUGAUGAUUAAAAAGUUAGAUGGAUAAUCAAGUCUAAAAAACCUUCUUAAGCAUGUAAUUAUUAACAUAAUUUUAGUUUAAAUAUUAUCAAUUUUAAUAAAUAAAAUGCAAGACGAAGAUGAAUAGAAGAAUUUUUAAGAUCUUGAUAAAUAUGAUAUUUAUUUUGGAAAUAUGUCCGAAAUAAAAAAUGAAUCAUCAUUUUAAAGCAAGUCCUUCUUUUAAAGCUAUUAUGAACUUUUUGAAGAUUCUUAAUAAAAAAGCCAUAUUAAUAGCAUUUACAUUAGUGAAUCUACUAAAAAGGAUUAGUAAAAGAAAUCUAUAUAAAAUGAAAUCAACAUACCUUAAAAACAAGUAUAAUAAUAAUUAAAUAAUUUUGUGCUCUAAAAUGAAGAUAGUAAGAACACAAAUUUUAUAGUACCUUAAUAAUUAUCCUUCUAAUAAUAAAAAAAUUAUUCAUAAUAAAACUAAUAAAUAUUUUAAAAACAAGUUCAAUAAUAAUAAAUACCUGAAGACUCUCUUGAUGAUUCUUCUGAAUAUAGUAAAUCAUAAUUAAGCAAUAGUUUAUCAAAUCAAAUGAAUAUAACUUCAUUAUCUUUUAAUAAUGAUGCUUAAACUACUUUCGAUAAACAAUGUUUAUUAGUUGAAUUUUAGUAAAAUUAAAUACCCAUAGUGCCUCCAAUGGAGGAAAAGUUAGUACAACAUCUUUCAUAAAAUUUUAAAAAUCAUAAAUUCGAAUAUUUUUAACCAAAAGUAGAUUAAGAUUAUGUUAAAUAUUUUAAUAAAAUUGCAUAAUAAACAAUUACACUUUACAUCAUUUAAAAACCAGAUAAAGAAUACCAUAAUGAAUUUUCAAAAAAGUUAUUAUUUUAUUUAAAUUAUGAUGUUUUGAUUGAAAAGUUUGUGAAUCACUCAUCUUUGAUUAUUAUUUGUUGUAAAGCUAAUAAAGCAGCUCAUUACUAAAUUCCUAAUAGAGAAAAAAGCUACUAAAUUUGUUUGAAAGAUCCAAAUUAAGUAUUACCUUUUUUAUGGGUAAGAAGAAAAAGUAAUUGA